AUGUCCGACGCAGAAUGGAAAUGGUUGCACCACUGGCCUUCCUACUUCACAAGCCAAAUAAAGCCGUCCUGCCAGGCAGAGGAUAUUCAAGUCAACACCAGAUUCUUCACCAACCAGACCGGCCUCACAUACACCAUCACAGGUGUAUGGACGACAUCACCAAAUCGGACCAACACGCUCGUUUCACCGGCGCUGACCUAUCUCAACAACCCGAUCCAGGAUUGCCAAGUGAACAACAUACAGAUCGAGAUAGAAUCAGAAGACCGCACUGUGACCCAGUACGGCUGGAACGCAUGGGGCGAGUCUCUUCAGGCGUUCAUUACCUGCAGCAUCCAAGGCAAUGAUGGGAUAAUCUUCUUCAAUCUUUCCACCGACUACGACUUUGUACCCGACACAGCUCAGUUUCCGACCGGCAACUACAGCACGCAGGUGGGUCUGUUCAGUAUGGUAACCAGAAAUGCGACGACCAAGGCGAGUCUGUGGUGGGGUGAAUCACUGUUGUAA